AUGGGUAAUUCUAGCACCGAGAAACAAGUGACUUCUGUAGAAUUAGCCCCUGUAAAUCACGAUGAGACGAAGGGUCCAAAUGAUGCGGUGCCUAAGGGUAACGAUAUUUCCCCUAAUACCGAAUCAGAAAAAAAGAAUUCUGAACCAACAACUGUUGUGGCAGAUGUUAUCCCCUUCGAAAAGAGUAAAAGCGGGACUUCUUGUUGCGCCCGCUUUUGGCAUCAAUAUUUUCCCAUUACGAGCUGGUUGCCCAAAUAUAAGAAGGAGUACUUUUCUUUUGAUCUCAUUGCUGGGCUAACCGUAGGUAUCAUGGCAAUUCCUCAGGGUAUGGCCUACGCGAUGCUUGCCAAUCUUCCUCCCAUCUAUGGACUCUACGGGUGCAUCACCCCCGUGUUCAUGUAUGGUCUGUUCGGCACAUCGAGCCACGUCCACAUCGGUCCCUUCGCUUUAGUCUCCAUGAUGGUGAGCAGCACUCUGUCCUACAUCAACGCCGACACCAACCAAGAGGACUACCUCCUCGCUGUGAGCACGCUGAGCCUGAUCUGCGGUAUUCUCUUUAUCAUUCUCGGUGUUUGCCGCUGUGGCGUGGUCACGCGGCUUCUCUCCGAGACCAUCGUCACCGCCUUCACCACGGCCUCCGCGUUUAACAUCGGAGGCUCGCAGCUGAAGCACUACUGGGGCGUGUCGUGCGACGCGGACGUGUUUCUGGAGAUCAUCCGCACGCUGUUUUUCACGGAGACCCGGAAGUCGUUCAAUUGGUGGGCGUUUUUGCUGGGAGGGUCGGCGACCGUGCUGCUCUACUUGAUGAAGUGGGCCAACAAGAAGCUGCUGCCGAAGAAGCCGGUAGUUGUUUUUGCUGGUGAUCUACAUUCUGGUGAUGUGGAUCUUCGACCUGAAGCAUCGCUGGAAUCUGAAGUAUCUCGGCGACUACGACAUCGUGCGAGGUAUUCUGCUCUCUCCCUUUCCGCUGAUCGUCUAGGCCUUCCCCCCAUGAUCAUCCCCGACUUUAAGAACCUUGAUAAGAUCAUUCCUGGAGCCAUCAUGAUUUGCAUUGUCGGCUACGCCAUCACCGUCUCGCUCGGGAAGAUCUUCGCUCGUCGCUUCGACUAUCCCCUCGACGACAAUCAAGAGCUGGUGGCUCUGGGCGCCGCGAGCGCAGUGGGCGCUUUUUUCUCGUGCUAUCCCCCCGCCGGUUCGCUCUCCCGCUCCGCCCUCGCCGCGAAUUGCGGUACGUUUUUGAUUCUCCGUCGACCUCUAGAGGCGCGCAGCCCUCUGCACAACUUCAUCUCGCCGCUGCUGAUCAUCCUGUGCCUCUUCAUCCUCACCGACGUCAUCAUCUACAUCCCCAACGCCUCGCUCGCGGCCAUCGUGAUCGUGAAUUUGUUCUCGCUGUUCGCCCAGUUCGCCGAGCUGAAGCCGCUCUGGCGCACGUCCUGGGCCGAUUUCCUCUCGUUUCUCGUGUGUCUGGUCCUCACCAUCACGCUGGGGACCGAGGCGGGGCUGAUAGGAGGAGUGGUCUCCUCUCUGCUCUGCCUUGUGAUUUGCAUCCUCGUGGCGCGCAAGCAAGCGCCGGGGGAUGGGAAAGGGCUGGAGCCGUUGACAGUGCCGGAGAAUGUGGGGGUCAUCACGUGUCCGGCUUCGCUGCAUUUUUUGAAUCGCGAUACCUACCGAAAUCGCGUGGAAGCUAGUUUGCCAAGGAAGAAGAUGGUGAUGGAUCUCAGACGCGUGCGAUAUAUCGAUGCCAGCGCGCUGAUCACGCUGAAGGAGCUGCAGAAGCAGUGGAAUAAGAAGGAGGAGCGAAUCUUCUUCGUUGCCGAAACCGACUAUGUGGAGUCGAAAUUGAAGGCCUAUGGAGCCGAUGAUGUUAAAGUUAGAAAGUCCUCAGUGUUGGACAUUACUGGAGAAGGGCAGUUUUCCUCUUCAUAUCUCUUUUCUUUUCUUUUUCUACGUUCUUUUAGAGAUAUGAGAACUUCUGAAGGACAGUCGCUGUUGAAUAAUGAUUAUCAUCGGAAGGAACCGAGACGCUCUCCAGUUCUCUUUUUUGUUAUCGGAGCUUUGUCGUGUGUUGUUGUGAUCUACUUUCUGAUGUCUUCCAUCUCUACUUUCUACACUAGUCACAGUCUCCGCUCAGACUAUUCCAAAUCUAAGAAUUUUGAUCUCUUGAUUGUCGCUGACCUCGAUAAGAAGAGUCGCGUCGACACAGACUCCAAGGGGAAGUGGUAUAGUGUAAUGAAGAAAGGCCAGUUGACCAAGCAGCCGAACGGAACGUUUUCCAUCGAGUGGGUGGAUGAGACAAAGCUGUAUACCAAGAUCAGUGAAGCUGGUCGCGGAAUGGAGUUGAGUGCUUUAGUUCGAUACAAUAACCGCCUCUAUUCAUUUGAUGACCGUACCGGACUCGUUUUUGAGGUGGUGAACGGCAAGGCCAUUCCUCGUCACAUUCUCAUGGAGGGCGAUGGAAACAACGACAAGGGCCAAAAGACGGAGUGGGCGACGGUGAAGGACGGCAAGAUGUACGUUGGCAGCUUCGGCAAGGAGUACACGAAUCCCGACGGUUCGAUCAAGAACACGAACAACAUGUGGAUCAGCAUCAUCGACAGCAAUGGCCACGUCGAGCACGAGGACUGGACCGAUCGUUUUAACAAGCUGCGCGAUGCAGCGGGCUGUCCGUAUCCUGGCUACAUGAUCCACGAAGCGAUUAGCUGGUCGCCUCAUCGCAAGCAGUGGGUGAUUCUGCCGCGUCGUGUGAGCAAGAAGCCGUACGAUGAGAAUCUGGACGAGCGUCGUGGAUCGAACACGGUGAUUCUGGCUUCAGAGGACUUCAGCGAGAUUGAGGUGAGGAAAAUCACGAAGAAAACGCCGACUCGCGGCUUCUCGGAUUUCAAAUUCCUGCCUGGGUCGAAGGACAGCGUGAUUGUGGCGUUGAAGAGCGAGGAGAACGAGGAGGAGAAGACGCAGAACUCGUAUAUUAUGGUGUUUAACUUGGAUGGAACGAUGCUGAUGGAGGAAACGGAGAUUCCUGGAAUGAUGAAAUUUGAAGGACUCGAGUUCAUGUGA